CCCCCAUUGGCUCCCCUAGGUGGCCCCCCAGCGGCCCGGCCCCGGGGCCCGGCCAUGCCGCGGCUGGAGGAGGUGGCCAACGUGGUGCUGCGGGUGCCCAGCAUCGUCCUGCUGGACCUGCUCUACCGCUGGGACGUCCAGGCCUUUGCCGAGCUGCUCCGGCCCAAGCAGGAGGAGGCGUCGUGGCGCCGCCGCGCCCUGUGGCACGGCUACUACCUGGGCCACGUGCUGUGUGUGGUGGUGCUGCUGCUCCCAGUCAGAUCCCUGGUGAGACUGUACCUGUACGGCCUGACGCUGCUGCUGCUCUUCGUGGGGCACCAGACGGCCAGGGACUACAUGCGCCAUGAGAUGGAGGGUGAGUUCCAGGGGGCUGUGUACCAGGACCCUGUGGUGCUCAGCCGCUUCGUGACCGCCCUGACAGGCCAGAUCUUUGUGAGCACGCUCUGCGCCCUCCUGAUGAAGACCAAGCAGGUGUGGCUGUUCUGUGCCCCGCUGCUCCCGCUGCUGGCCCGGCUCUGUGGCCUCCCCCUCCAGGCGCUUCCCGUGGUCAACACCUUCGCCGCCUCCGUCACUGUGGUGGAGGUGCUGUAUGUGGCCACCUCCCACCUGCUGGUUCCCUUCCACCUGGCCGCUGCGGCGUGCAGGGAGGUGGCUCAGGGACUGGAGAUGUACCGGCUGGUGGCGUUGGCCAUGUCCCUCUGGAGCCAGCUAGCCGUCCCGGUGCUCUUCCUUGUCUUCUGGCUGGUGCUCUUCACCCUCCAGAUCUACUCUUUCCUGGCCUCUUCCAACAGCCUCCUCGCCCAGCAGGGGCUGCUCUUCAUCUUCCUCAGCAGCAUGGCGGAGUGCUGCGGCACGCCCUACUCCCUCCUCGGCCUGACCUUCACCGUCUCCUACCUCGCCCUGGCCGUGCUCAACCUUUGCAAGUUCUACCUGCUGGGGUACGACGCCUUCCAGAACGGCAACGUCAUGCACAGGGGUGUGACGGAGGGCGUGACGCUGCUGCUGCUGGCUCUCCAGACGGGGCUGCUGGACCUGCAGAUCCUGCAGAGAACCUUCCUCCUCAGUAUCAUCCUCUUCAUCGUGGUGACGUCGACCCUGCAGUCCAUGAUCGAGAUAGCCGACCCCAUUGUGCUGGCGCUGGGGGCUUCGCAGAACAGGAGCCCUUGGAAGCACUUCCGCAGCCUCAGCCUGUGCCUCUUCCUGCUGGUUUUCCCCUGCUUCAUGGCGUACAAGAUCGCUCGCUUCUUCCACAUGGACUUCUGGCUGCUGAUCCUGGUCUCCAGCUGCAUGCUCACCUCCCUGCAGGUGAUGGGCACCCUCUUCGUCUACGCGCUCUUCAUGAUCGAGCUGCUCCAGGACGCGCCCCUGGAGAAGACGGACGAGAUCAUUUACUACGUCAACGCGGUGAGCCGGGUGCUGGAGUUCCUGGUGGCCGUCUGCGUGGUGGCCUACGGCACCUGGGAGUCCGUCUUCGGCGAGUGGAGCUGGAUGGGCGCCUCCGUCAUCAUCAUCCACUCCUACUUCAACGUGUGGCUGCGGGCCCAGUCGGGCUGGAAGAGCUUCCUGCUCCGCAGGGAGGCCGCCAAGAAGAUCAACUCGCUGCCCAGGGCCACCAGGGGGCAGCUGCGGGACCACAACGACGUGUGUGCCAUCUGCUUCCAGGAGAUGAACGUGGCCGUGAUCACCGACUGUGGCCACUUCUUCCACACGGGCUGCCUCCGCAAGUGGCUGUACGUGCAGGACACCUGCCCCAUGUGCCACCAGCCGGUGAAGCCCUCGGCCACCGAGGGGCCGCAGCCAGACGGGGGAGAGCGGGCGGAGCCAGAGCCCGUCCCAGAGGAGCAGCCGCCUGAGAAUGCAGAUGCCGAGGCUGCGGGAAGGGCAAGGAUCCCGGGCCCCAGCAGGACCGCUGAGGAGCAGGAGAACCCAGCACUGGCAGAGCCCAGCAGGGCCGGACUGCUCCCAGAAGCUGUGCCCAGUGUGGGGGGCAAGCCCAUGGACCCAGCUGGGAGCAGGACUCCCCAGCCAGUGUCUCAGGGCUGCACUCAAUAGCCGCGUGCCUAUCUGGGGCGCACAGCCCUGCUGGGCACCCUGCCCCUCAGGACCGAGGAGCAGGCUCCUUCGGGAGCCCCAGCCCGGCGCCCAGGUGGAAGCACGGAGUGGGGCGGAGAUCGUGGAGUGGGGCAGGAGCCGGGGCUGGCACGGUCUCCGACGGCAGCCACUGCCCCUCUUCAGCCUGCAGCGCCAGCCCCCCACCCCCGGAGCCUGGGUUGGGGCAUCCCUGCAACCCGAGUGCCCAGCGAGUCAGUGCCAGGCAUGGCCGGUGCCAGCAGAGGUGGUGUGACGGCCGCUGCCAGGCUGGGAAGUGUAACUGCCCGUGCGCUGCCCUGGAACACGCCCGCUUAGCCCCACAGGACAGGCCUGAGUCUGCAGACUUGCUUCAGCUCCGGAGUCCCCAGUGCAGUGCCAGGGAGGAGACGCCUGGCUUUUAGAAAGGCAGCAGGGCCCAGCCCAGCCCUGCUCCGGCUGCACGGAAACAACCGGGAGGCACUUGGCUGGCUCGUGCUCCAUUGCGAACGAGCACCACCGGGCUGGGCUGCCCACGGUUCUAGAAUGGGGGUGUUACCGCUGGCUCCCUAGUCGCUCGGCGGCUGCUGCGAAGCUGGGUGCCAGAUCUGUGUGGGCUCUGCCCCAGCGCAGGGGCUCUCAGCCAGAAGGCAGCCGGCCGCACCCGCCCUUCCCGUCCCUUCCCCCUGCCGAAGUGGGAGAGGCCGAGACGCACUGGCCUGAUGGCUCUGGGGUGACUGGGGCAUCUUGCAGCUGCUUGGGACCAUGUGCAGGAAGGGGGAGAACCUAUCUGGGCAGGCCCUGUGCUCUCCAGGCCGGGCCUGUCUGCUGCACCACUGGUAUUACAAGGCUCCUGGGGGGGACCUUGGCCCAUCCCAGGAUUGGGCCCUGGGCAGGGCAAAGUGCCCUUUCUCUCUGCUCGUUCAGCCUGCAGCAUCCCCCGCAGAGCCUCUCCCUGUACCAGGCCAGUUCUGCUCUGAGAGGAGUUCGCCCUGGCAGGGGAGGGGCCAGGCUGCUGUUGUGACACACGGACGCGUAGCUAUGCACUAACAGCAGCCAUGUCUCACCCCAGAGGUGGCUGCAUACCAGUGGUAGGCAAAGCAAGGACAGGCCGUGAAGUCUCCCCCGUUCUGUACUCUGCCCUCUCUGAAGUAUUUUAUCCACCACACGUCGAUGCCCCUUUCCCAUGCAAGGUCCCAAGGGAAUGUGAUGAAACUUGAAUAGAAAACCCCUUUCGUUUUUAAAGCCUCAGGGAUUAGUAAUUCCAAGGAAGCUGUGGCUUCUCCCGGAGAUGGACGGGCCUUCGUACAGCUGGGCUGGGCAUGUCUGCACAGCGUGUUAGAUCCAUUUGGAGUGAGGUGUUCGAUCACCGUCAGCUCUCUUCCCUUUGGAAGGGACCCCGUCCAGCCUUAUUCAUGGUACCUUUGGGCGAUCAAAGCGCCUGGAAUUUGCAGAUUCCCAUUAAAGCUGUCGCGCUGUGUGGGCCGUUUGCACUCGGACCAGCGACCAGCACAGGGUGGCUACGAAAGUGCCAUUAAA